AUGGAUCCGAAGCAGGGCUCGUCGCACUCCGGCGAGCGGAAGAACCUCAAGCGGAAGCUGGCGGACUCCGCGUGCCCCUCAGGCUCGGACGACAGCGGCGCGUUGGCGACGGCGGAGGUGCAGGCGCACAUCGCGGUUCUCAAGGGGUCGCUGACGUGGCGGGAGGCGGAUCGAGUGGCGGCGAGGAAAGCGGCUCAUGCGAUAGCGGAGCUCGCGAAGCACGAGGAGCACGUUGACGCCAUAGUGGAGGAGGGCGCCAUCCACGCGCUCGUGCCGCACCUAUCAGCGCCUGCGGUGGAGGAGGGCGACGGGCCAAUCGCGUGCGAGCACGAGGUCGAGAAGGACGCCGCGUUCGCACUCGGACUGCUCGCCAUCAAGCCCGACCACCAGCGGCUAAUAGCGGACGCGGGCGCACUCCCCCCGCUGGUAGCUCUGCUAAAGCGGCGGCCAGGCCAACCGACUGCAGCAUCAGCAGCAGCCGCGCCCGCAUCAACGCCAACUGCUCUCGCGCUCGCACCCGCAGGCACCACCGACGGCGCAGCAGCAGCAGGCGCGCAUGCAGGCGGGGCGGGUGGGGCAGGCGCGGGGGCAGGCGGAGCGUGGGCGGAGGGGGGGUGGGGCGGGGCAAACCUUGCGUUGGCGCGUGUGGUGAAUGGCGUGGUGCGGCGGGCAGCAGACGCCAUCACGAAUCUGGCGCACGAAAAUGCAACCAUCAAGAGCCGAGUCAGGGCGGAGGGCGGCAUACCACCGCUGGUGCAGCUGCUGGCGUCGCUCAACCCCAAGGUGCAGCGCGCGGGGGCAGGCGCCCUUGGAACACCACUCGCCUUCCUCUCUGCACCCCCCCUCACUCUGUACUCUCCUGCCCCCCCGGUCGUGCAUGUGUGUAUCAUGGUCGGCGGUCGCAGGGCGGAGGGCGGCAUACCACCGCUGGUGGAGCUGCUGGAGUCGCUGGACCCCAAGGUGCAGCCUCUCAGCAGAGGAUCACCUUCCUCUCUGCACUUCCCCUCACUCACUCUGUGCCCUCCUUCCCCCCUUGGUCGUGCAUGUGCGUGCCAUGUGCGUGCUUGGAUGCAGGGCGGAGGGCGGCAUACCACCGCUGGUGGAGCUGCUGGAGUCGCUGGACCCCAAGGGGCGGGGCGUGUGUCUAGGGGCGUGCAUGAGUAUGUGCACGCUGCCAUCCACUAUGACUGCGUGGGCGUGAUAGGCAAUCUGGUGCAUUCAUCAAUGAACAUUAAGAAGCUCGUGCUGGACGAGGGGGCGCUGCAACCAGUCAUCGGGCUGCUCAGGUACCCUUUGCUGCGCCACCACCUCCACCCUUGUGGCUCGUCUCCUGGUUCCCCGUGGCUCACUUUCUCUCACUUCCACGCUGCCCAAUGUCAAACUUUUCUCCCUUGCGCUCACUGUCCCCCUUGCGCUCACUGUCCCCCUUGCGCUCACUGCCCCCCUUGCGCUCACUGCCCCCCCUGCCCCCACUGCCCUCCCCGCCCCGCCUGCCCCACCCACUGCAGCUCACGCUCACGGUGCACGGAGAGCCAGCGGGAGUCAGCGCUGCUGCUGGGGCAGUUCGCCACCACUGACCCCGAGUGCAAGGUGCGCAUAGUGCAGAGGGGGGCAGUGCGGCCGCUCAUCACAAUGCUGGAGGCGCCUUUUGAGGCGCCCCAAAUGCCUCACACAUCUCUACCUCUCCCCCUGCUCCCUCCCCCAGGUGCGAAUAGUGCAGAGGGGGGCAGUGCGGCCGCUCAUCACAAUGCUGGAGGCGCCCGACCCGCACACUUUCAUUUCUCGCUGAUCCUUGAAAUUUCCCCCUUCCCUCCCUCCCUCUCCCCUCCCCUCCCUCCCUCCCCCCUCCCCAUCCGCUAUCUGCAGGUGCGCAUAGUGCAGAGGGGGGCAGUGCGGCCGCUCAUCACAAUGCUGGAGGCGCCUUUUGAGGCGCCCCAAAUGCCUCACACAUCUCUACCUCUCCCCCUGCUCCCUCUUCAGGUGCGCAUAGUGCAGAGGGGGGCAGUGCGGCCGCUGAUUACAAUGCUGGAAGCGCCCGACCCGCAGCUCAGGGAGAUGGCCGCCUUUGCUCUCGGCAGGCUGGCGCAGGUGCGCUUGUUGUGGGCAUGCAGGGAGCGUUUAGGUGCGCUUCAGAACGCGGACAACCAGGCGGGCAUAGUGCAUGACGGGGGGCUGCGGCCGCUGCUGGAGCUGCUGGAGUCGAAGAACGGCAACCUGCAGCACAAUGCCGCCUUCGCACUCUAUGGGCUCGCUGAGAACGGGGACAACGUGUCGGAGGUGGUGCGGGAGGGCGGAGUGCAGCGGCUGGUUGAUGCAGAGCUGAUCGUGCAGGCCAGCAAGGCAACAAGCGGCGGGCCGGGUCACAGCUUCACCAUCUGCUCUACCCACCUCUCUCAUCCCUUAUCCUUCCCUCCACACACACCCCUCUCCCCUAUGGCUGCUGGCUGGCAGGACAACGUGUCGGAGGUGGUGCGGGAGGGCGGCGUGCAGCGGCUGGUGGAUGCGGAGCUGAUCGUGCAGGCCAGCAAGGACUGCGUGCAGAAGACACUCAAGCGACUGGAGGAGAAGAUGGAAGGAAAGGUGAGGCGGGGGAAGGGUAAGGUGCAGCCAGGGGAGGGGAGAUGGAUGGAGGGCAAGGUCCUGCGCCAUCUGCUGUACCUGCUGCGGCAGUCAGACAAGAGCGUGCAGCGGCGGGUCUUGAUGCAUCUAAAAAAUCUCCCACCCUACCACUACCCCCCCCCCCCACCACCACUCUUAGGUCUUGCGGCAUCUGCUGUACCUGCUGCGGCAGUCUUGCGGCAUCUGCUGUACCUGCUGCGGCAGUCAGACAAGAGCGUGCAGCGGCGGGUGGCAGCAGCGCUGGCGCACCUGUGUCCCGAGGGGCAGCAGCGCGCCAUCUUCGUGGGGGCGGGCGGGCUCGACAUCCUCCUCGCCAUGCUCGCCUCGCCGCCCUCUCCCCGCCUGCAGCGCGAUGCCGCUGUGGCCCUGCGCACACUCAGCAAGCGCGCCACCACUCUCAACCCCAUCGACACCGCCCCGCCGCCCCCCACGCCCCAGGUUUGUCCAACCCCCUGGCCGCUACCCCCCCAACCUGCUUCCCCCACCUGCCUGGUCGCUACCCUCACCCCCACUACUCUCGUUUCCUCCUCGCACCUCCCUUCCUCUCUCCCGGCUCCUCUGCUCCCUCCACUGAUGUUUCUUUCUCUAACCUCUCGGCCUGCUUUCCUUCCCAUCGUUUUGCGCCCUGCAUUCCCACAGGUGUAUCUGGGAGAGCAGUACGUGAACUGCCCCACCCUCUCCGACGUCACAUUCCUCGUUGAAGUUUGGUAUGAGUCAUGGGGCAUGCUGCCCUGCAUGGUCAUGCUGCCCGGCAUGGUCAUGCUGUGCCAUUCUGUACCACCCCAUGCCUCAUGCCCUACUUUCAACAUCGCCCACCACUCCUGCCCACUCACCCCACGCUCUCGCUCGUCCCACCCGUGCCUCUCCUCGCCCCACCCGUGCCUCUCCUCGCCCCACCCGUGCCUCUCCUCGCCCCACCCGCCUUCCCCAGGCACGCGCUUCUACGCGCAUCGAAUCGCCCUGCUCGCCUCCUCCGAUGCCUUCCGAGCCAUGUUUGACGGUGGCUACCGGGAGGAGAAGGAGGCCAAGGACAUAGAGAUCCCCAACAUCAGCCUGCCUGUCUUUGAGAGCAUGAUGAGGUACCCUCCCCCACUCCCCUCCUCCCCUCCUCCACCCCUCCACUCUUCCGAGCCCUCUCAUGUCACAAGCUUCACCCUCCAUGUGUCGUUCCAUGGCUCAUGUGUCACCGACCACUGCCUCUCUCCCUUGCACCAUGCCACACCUCCCUUCACCCGUCCCCUCUUCCGCCCCCUGGUUAUCCCCCUCCCCCUCUACCCCCAGUGCAUAUACACGGGGGCGGUGGAGGUGCGGGCGGACAUGGCACAGGACCUGCUGAGGGCAGCGGACCAGUACCUGCUGGAGACACUCAAGCGCCUCUGCGAGCACGCCAUCGCGCAGCUGGAUCUCGCUUCGCUCCAUCGGGUAGUGCACCCGUACCUGCUGAGGGCGGCGGACCAAUACCUGCUGGAGACGCUCAAGCGCCUCUGCGAGCACGCCAUCGCGCAGGACCUGCUGAGAGCCGCGGACCAGUACCUGCUGGAGACGCUCAAGCGCCUCUGCGAGCACGCCAUCGCGCAGGUGGGCUGUCCUUUCGCUGCAGGGGUCAACCGCCCAGGUGGGGUCAACCGCCCAGGUGGGGUCAACCGCCCAGGUGGGGUCAACCGCCCAGGUGGGGUCAACCGCCCAGGUGGGGUCAACCGCCCAGGUGGGGUCAACCGCCCAGGUGGGGUCAACCGCCCAGGUGGGGUCAACCGCCCAGGUGGGGUCAACCGCCCAGGUGGGGUCAACCGCCCAGGUGGGGUCAACCGCCCAGGUGGGGUCAACCGCCCAGGUGGGGUCAACCGCCCAGGUGGGGUCAACCGCCCAGGUGGGGUCAACCGUGCAGGUGGGGUCAACCGCCCAGGUGGGGUCAACCGCCCAGGUGGGGUCAACCGCCCAGGUGGGGUCAACCGCCCAGGUGGGGUCAACCGCCCAGGUGGGGUCAACCGCCCAGGUGGGGUCAACCGCCCAGGUGGGGUCAACCGUGCAGGUGGGGUCAACCGCCCAGGUGGGGUCAACCGCGCAGGUGGGGUCAACCGUGCAGGUGGGGUCAACCGCCCAGGUGGGGUCAACCGCCCAGGUGGGGUCAACCGUGCAGGUGGGGUCAACCGCCCAGGUGGGGUCAACCGCCCAGGUGGGGUCAACCGCCCAGGUGGGGUCAACCGCCCAGGUGGGGUCAACCGUGCAGGUGGGGUCAACCGUGCAGGUGGGGUCAACCGUGCAGGUGGGGUCAACCGUGCAGGUGGGGUCAACCGUGCAGGUGGGGUCAACCGUGCAGGUGGGGUCAACCGUGCAGGUGGGGUCAACCGUGCAGGUGGGGUCAACCGUGCAGGUGGGGUCAACCGUGCAGGUGGGGUCAACCGUGCAGGUGGGGUCAACCGUGCAGGUGGGGUCAACCGUGCAGGUGGGGUCAACCGUGCAGGUGGGGUCAACCGUGCAGGUGGGGUCAACCGUGCAGGUGGGGUCAACCGUGCAGGUGGGGUCAACCGUGCAGGUGGGGUCAACCGUGCAGGUGGGGUCAACCGUGCAGGUGGGGUCAACCGUGCAGGGUGGGGUCAACCGUGCAGGUGGGGUCAACCGUGCAGGUGGGGUCAACCGUGCAGGUGGGGUCAACCGUGCAGGUGGGGUCAACCGUGCAGGUGGGGUCAACCGUGCAGGUGGGGUCAACCGUGCAGGUGGGGUCAACCGUGCAGGUGGGGUCAACCGUGCAGGUGGGGUCAACCGUGCAGGUGGGGUCAACCCGUGCAGGUGGGGUCAACCGUGCAGGUUGGGGUCAACCGUGCAGGUGGGUCAACCGUGCAGGUGGGGUCAACCGUGCAGGUGGGGUCAACCGUGCAGGUGGGGUCAACCGUGCAGGUGGGGUCAACCGUGCAGGUGGGGUCAACCGUGCAGGUGGGGUCAACCGUGCAGGUGGGGUCAACCGUGCAGGUGGGGUCACCGUGCAGGUGGGGGUCAACCGUGCAGGUGGGGUCAACCGUGCAGGUGGGGUCAACCGUGCAGGUGGGGUCAACCGUGCAGGUGGGGGUCAACCGUGCAGGUGGGGUCAACCGUGCAGGUGGGGUCAACCGUGCAGGUGGGGUCAACCGUGCAGGUGGGGUCAACCGUGCAGGUGGGGUCAACCGUGCAGGUGGGGUCAACCGUGCAGGUGGGGUCAACCGUGCAGGUGGGGUCAACCGUGCAGGUGGGGUCAACCGUGCAGGUGGGGUCAACCGUGCAGGUGGGGUCAACCGUGCAGGUGGGGUCAACCGUGCAGGUGGGGUCAACCGUGCAGGUGGGGUCAACCGUGCAGGUGGGGUCAACCGUGCAGGUGGGGUCAACCGUGCAGGUGGGGUCAACCGUGCAGGUGGGGUCAACCGUGCAGGUGGGGUCAACCGUGCAGGUGGGGUCAACCGUGCAGGUGGGGUCAACCGUGCAGGUGGGGUCAACCGUGCAGGUGGGGUCAACCGUGCAGGUGGGGUCAACCGUGCAGGUGGGGUCAACCGUGCAGGUGGGGUCAACCGUGCAGGUGGGGUCAACCGUGCAGGUGGGGUCAACCGUGCAGGUGGGGUCAACCGUGCAGGUGGGGUCAACCGUGCAGGUGGGGUCAACCGUGCAGGUGGGGUCAACCGUGCAGGUGGGGUCAACCGUGCAGGUGGGGUCAACCGUGCAGGUGGGGUCAACCGUGCAGGUGGGGUCAACCGUGCAGGUGGGGUCAACCGUGCAGGUGGGGUCAACCGUGCAGGUGGGGUCAACCGUGCAGGUGGGGUCAACCGUGCAGGUGGGGUCAACCGUGCAGGUGGGGUCAACCGUGCAGGUGGGGUCAACCGUGCAGGUGGGGUCAACCGUGCAGGUGGGGUCAACCGUGCAGGUGGGGUCAACCGUGCAGGUGGGGUCAACCGUGCAGGUGGGGUCAACCGUGCAGGUGGGGUCAACCGUGCAGGUGGGGUCAACCGUGCAGGUGGGGUCAACCGUGCAGGUGGGGUCAACCGUGCAGGUGGGGUCAACCGUGCAGGUGGGGUCAACCGUGCAGGUGGGGUCAACCGUGCAGGUGGGGUCAACCGUGCAGGUGGGGUCAACCGUGCAGGUGGGGUCAACCGUGCAGGUGGGGUCAACCGUGCAGGUGGGGUCAACCGUGCAGGUGGGGUCAACCGUGCAGGUGGGGUCAACCGUGCAGGUGGGGUCAACCGUGCAGGUGGGGUCAACCGUGCAGGUGGGGUCAACCGUGCAGGUGGGGUCAACCGUGCAGGUGGGGUCAACCGUGCAGGUGGGGUCAACCGUGCAGGUGGGGUCAACCGUGCAGGUGGGGUCAACCGUGCAGGUGGGGUCAACCGUGCAGGUGGGGUCAACCGUGCAGGUGGGGUCAACCGUGCAGGUGGGGUCAACCGUGCAGGUGGGGUCAACCGUGCAGGUGGGGUCAACCGUGCAGGUGGGGUCAACCGUGCAGGUGGGGUCAACCGUGCAGGUGGGGUCAACCGUGCAGGUGGGGUCAACCGUGCAGGUGGGGUCAACCGUGCAGGUGGGGUCAACCGUGCAGGUGGGGUCAACCGUGCAGGUGGGGUCAACCGUGCAGGUGGGGUCAACCGUGCAGGUGGGGUCAACCGUGCAGGUGGGGUCAACCGUGCAGGUGGGGUCAACCGUGCAGGUGGGGUCAACCGUGCAGGUGGGGUCAACCGUGCAGGUGGGGUCAACCGUGCAGGUGGGGUCAACCGUGCAGGUGGGGUCAACCGUGCAGGUGGGGUCAACCGUGCAGGUGGGGUCAACCGUGCAGGUGGGGUCAACCGUGCAGGUGGGGUCAACCGUGCAGGUGGGGUCAACCGUGCAGGUGGGGUCAACCGUGCAGGUGGGGUCAACCGUGCAGGUGGGGUCAACCGUGCAGGUGGGGUCAACCGUGCAGGUGGGGUCAACCGUGCAGGUGGGGUCAACCGUGCAGGUGGGGUCAACCGUGCAGGUGGGGUCAACCGUGCAGGUGGGGUCAACCGUGCAGGUGGGGUCAACCGUGCAGGUGGGGUCAACCGUGCAGGUGGGGUCAACCGUGCAGGUGGGGUCAACCGUGCAGGUGGGGUCAACCGUGCAGGUGGGGUCAACCGUGCAGGUGGGGUCAACCGUGCAGGUGGGGUCAACCGUGCAGGUGGGGUCAACCGUGCAGGUGGGGUCAACCGUGCAGGUGGGGUCAACCGUGCAGGUGGGGUCAACCGUGCAGGUGGGGUCAACCGUGCAGGUGGGGUCAACCGUGCAGGUGGGGUCAACCGUGCAGGUGGGGUCAACCGUGCAGGUGGGGUCAACCGUGCAGGUGGGGUCAACCGUGCAGGUGGGGUCAACCGUGCAGGUGGGGUCAACCGUGCAGGUGGGGUCAACCGUGCAGGUGGGGUCAACCGUGCAGGUGGGGUCAACCGUGCAGGUGGGGUCAACCGUGCAGGUGGGGUCAACCGUGCAGGUGGGGUCAACCGUGCAGGUGGGGUCAACCGUGCAGGUGGGGUCAACCGUGCAGGUGGGGUCAACCGUGCAGGUGGGGUCAACCGUGCAGGUGGGGAUCUGACGGUGGAGAACGUGGCGAACGUGUAUGAGCUGGCGGAGACGUACCAUGCGCAGUCGCUGCGGCAGAUGUGUGUGCUGUUUGUGCUGGACCACCACGAGCAGAUGUGCAACCUCCCAGGGUACAAUGCACUGCUGCAGCGCAUG